AUGUAAGCUAUCUUAUCCUGCGGACAGCUGAUACCCAAAUCCCGGUAAUAUUGACCCUGAAGCCGACGUACGCACAGCCCCUGUCGGCAGCAACUUGCCUAUAAUUAUCGCUCCCAAACUGGCUGGUACGCUCAGUUCGCUCUGCUUCAACAUAUUGCAGCGGGUAGUUGUGAGAUUCCGAGCGCCUCAGGCGACACUUACCAGAAGAUGCGGCGCUUCGUCGUGUGCCUCCUUUUGGUCCUCCUUCGGUGCACCCUGGCAGCUGUCGCACUACCCGUCAUCACCGGCUACAGUCGAGGUCUAAAUGGCAAAACUUUCAACGGAAUCUCGCCCGCAUCGCAUGCUACGCGAGCCAAACUCUCAGAAGAAACUACUGGGUCAUACCUCGAUUUCCUCGCAACGGAAUGCGAUUCAUAUCUUUUCUGUCUGUGCUUCACAUUCGACAAAACUGGCACCUCCGGAUCGUACUGGGACCAGGCGUACGGUGUUAACGCCAACAUGGUUGAUGAUCCGUCCACAUAUUUGUACUACAAGGAUUCCCCCCCCUCAAGCCCACCCCCAAACCUAGCUCCCCCCAGUCCGCCUCCCUCCCCUGCCCCACCCAGUCCUCCAUCCCCUCCUCCCUCGCCACCGUCUACUCCGCCACCUCCAUUACCUCCUUCUCCUCCCCCGACACCCAGUCCCCCCAGCCCCAGCCCUCCCAGCCCCAGCCCUCCCAGCCCCCCCAG